AUGGAAGGUGUGGAUCCAGACACUCUUCUGGAGUGGCUGCAAACAGGAGUUGGUGAUGAACGAGACAUUCAGUUAAUGGCAUUGGAACAGCUUUGUAUGCUCUUGCUGAUGAGUGACAAUAUUGAUCAGUGUUUUGAAAGUUGUCCACCAAGAACUUUCCUUCCCGCAUUAUGUAAAAUAUUCCUCGAUGAAACGGCUACAGAAAAUGUUUUGGAAGUCACUGCACGUGCAAUAACGUACUAUUUGGAUGUGUCCAAUGAAUGCACCAGGCGGAUAACACAAGUGGAUGGUGCUGUUAAAGCAAUCUGUAACCGACUAGCAGUUGCAGAAAUGAGUGAUCGUACAAGCAAGGAUCUCGCUGAACAAUGUGUGAAAUUGCUCGAACAUGUUUGUCAAAGGGAAACAUCUGCAGUAUAUGAUGCUGGAGGAUUACAGUGUAUGUUGAGUUUAGUUCGUCAACAUGGCCAGUAUGUUCACAAGGAUACUAUUCACUCUGCAAUGUCUGUCAUCACGAGAUUAUGUAGCAAAAUGGAACCGAAUGAUUCCACCAUGCCGGAAUGUAGUGCCAAUUUGGGAGCUCUUCUUGAACAUGACGAUCCGAAGGUAUCAGAGUGUGCUCUACGUUGCUUUGCUGCACUAACAGAUCGUUUCAUUCGUAAAUUCAUGGAUCCAGUAGAAAUGGUACGACAUGGGAAUCUUGUUCAACAUCUGCUUAAUUCACUGGUACCUUCACAUCUGACUGCUGGAGUUUGCACUGCAUCACUGUCACAUAUGAGAAAUGCUAAUUCAGUGGGAUCAAGUGAUUUGAUGGCAUCAUCUUUAGCAUUUGGCUUAAAUCGACCAGCAUCAUUUACUUCCGUUGUCAUUUCAUUAUUGAGUAAUCUUUGUCGUGGCUCAUCGAUUGUUACCGAGCAAGUUGUAAGUUCUCCACUGCUUUUUUGCGCACUAAAAACAGUUCUGACGAGCAAAGAUGAACACUGCAUUAUGGACGCUUUGCGUUUUUGCGAUCUUCUUAUGGUAAUUCUCUGUGAGGGACGAACUGCUUUACCCAAAAGUAUGGGUUCUACUGUGAUUAGCCGUAAUGAAACAGGUCCUAAUUCAUUAGACCGUUCUCAUAGGCAUCUCAUCGAUGCAAUUCGUCAGCGUGAUACGGAUGCUUUGAUUGACGCUAUUGAAUCAGGACAGGUUGAUGCAAAUUUCACGGAUGAUGUGGGACAAACUUUGCUUAAUUGGUCUUCUGCAUUUGGCACCGCUGAAAUGGUGACAUAUUUGUGUGAUAAGGGCGCCGAUGUAAAUAAGGGUCAGCGCUCCUCAUCGCUACAUUACGCUGCUUGUUUUGGUAGGUCAGAUAUUGUGAAAAUUUUAUUGAAAUACGGAGCAAAUCCUGAUCUUCGUGAUGAGGAGGGCAAAACAGCAUUGGAUAAAGCACACGAAAGAAGUGAGGAGGAGCAUCAGAUAGUGGCGAAUAUUCUGGAAAGUCCAAGCGCUUAUAUGCAGGGAGUUAAUGAAGAAAAGAUAAUGAAGGGAAAAACUGAUGUUGCAAGAGAAACAUCAAGUGAAAAAAUUGAUCACGCGAUAGUGCGUCAAUUAUUGGAACAGCUUUUACCAGUUUUAUGCGAUGUUUAUCAGCGUUCACUUGGUGCUAGUGUACAUAGAUCCAGUUUGUCGCUUCUUUGUAAAACUGUCCACCAUAUAUCAGCUGAGUCGAUGGAAUGGAUGGUUACGAAUGACAGCAGCGGAAUCGAUAUUUCUAAUGAUAUCUGCUUUUCUCGUGGGCAACGGCUUGCUGAAAAUCUUGUUAGCGUUCUGAUGAUAGGUUUGGAACAUGAGGACGACACGGAAUCGCAUGAAAAUGUGUUACAAAUUAUCAAGUCUUUGUUCAUGAAAAAUACCGACUUUUGGUUAGAGCAGUUAGUGCGCGUUGGAAUUUUUGAAAAAGUGGAAGCUAUUGCCAAUCAACCAGUGACACCAGUUAAAGGUGGUGCUGUGACAACAAUGGUCAUUGAUGAGAGUGGUCACACAUCAAACUCUUUACCUGUUGCAGUUAUGGAUAACAUGUUUGUGAAAGUAGAUGAAGUUUCACAAGGCGAAAGUUCUGACGUAAAAAAUAGACAGCAUUUGACAACGAAUUCUUCAAAGAGCUUCAAUGGUGAAAAUACAACGUCUUCAACAGUUAUAUCAUCAAUUAAAGAAAAAAAUGAUCAUACGAUGGUCAACGUUCCUGUCCACGAUGAUGAUUCACACAAUACAUCGGUAACUCCAUUAGAAAGUAUAAAUUUUGUAACUUCAUCUACCGUGGAAGCAUCUGAGACCGUCACACCGGUAACUUGCAAAUAUAAUAUCGGCACUGAUCUUUCGUCGGCGAUAGAUGAUCAAUGGGAAAUUGUACAGGGCAAGAGCUAUCGAUGGAAAGAUUGGAGGAUGAUCAAAAGUCGAGAUUCCUUUUUUAUUUGGUGCGAUGCUGUGGCGGUGGAAUUCAGCGAUGGUAGUAAUGGCUGGUUCCGCUUCAUGUUGGAUGGUCAACUUAGCACUAUGUAUAGCAGUGGGAGCCCAGAGGCUGGUUCUGACAACGCUGAAACACGUGGUGAGUUUUUGGAUAAGCUCACAAAAGCUCGGAAUGCUGUGCCGCCAGGCAGCUUACUUCAUUCGAUAUUUAGCGUUCCGGAUAGCAUUAAGAUGAUUGAAAUUGGCAGUUGGAUCUUGGCUUCGCCAAAAGUUAAUGAACUGACUAUAACGAAUCGUGAUGGGAACCAACAGCGUUUGAUCAUUGUGGAGGAUUUGCCAGGUUUCAUUUUCGAGUCAAAUCGCCAAACACGACAUUGUUUUCAAGCAGAGAGGACUCUUGGUUUGGACUUUGUUACUGGGUGGGCUGCACGAGGUGGAGGGCGACGUUUGCGCUUCCGCGCGGAGACUCAAAAAGCAAAACUACAGGAAAUGGCAAAAGAAAUUUGGGACAACUAUUUGAAAGAAGCUCAAUCAAAGCCGCGAGAAGCUUUGGUUGAAUUGCAAAAAGCAUCAUCUACAAUCAAGGUUCGUGUAAGUGAUGCUCAGAUGCCUUCCAAUCAUGAAGAAAUUUGCCAGCGAAAAAUUAGUCGGCUGCCAGAACAUAUGCUUUCGGAACUAGAGAUGGCUCUGAAAUGUAUUCAUUCUUCUGUUAUUAACGAUCGUCUGCUGUCAACUUUUGAGUUAUCAAUAUCUGGAAUUGUUAACGCUUUAUUGGCGUUUCUGAAAUUUGUACAGCGGAACACAGAUUGUGAAAUAGCAGUCAUUUUCCGAAGGGUUUUCGUAGACCAGCGUUCACUGUCUGCCCUUGUAUGUAAAAUGGUGUCGGUUCUAGAUGCCAUAGAAAAAUUUCCGCAAUAUCUAUAUGACACUCCCGGUGGUUCAUCGUUCGGUUUGCAAUUACUUAAUCGUCGUAUAAAAUUGAAAUUGGAACAGUUUAAUCCGAAUACACCGUCUCAGAUGCAGUUGUUAAAUCGAUCGGGUAGAACAAUGAAAGCAGAACCUCUAAGUACAGUGAAGCAGUUGAAGUGUUAUAUUUUGCGAAUGGUUGCUAAACAGUGGUAUGAUCGAGGACGUGAAACCUUUCACUUUGUUGAAGAAAUAAGGGACGCGAAAAAACGUGGAACAAAAAUUUCGUUUACUUACACAAGUGACUUCGAUGACAGAGUCCCUUCAGGCAUAAUUUACUGGUUGGGAACGAACGGAAAAACAGUAGCUGAAUGGACGAAUCCAGCAAGCGUUCAUGUUGUUUUUGUGACAAGCUCUGAUGGUGAACGCUUGCCGUACGGUCAGCAUGAAGACAUUCUAAGUCGUGAAGCCCUCAAUUGUCAUACCUCUGACGACAAAAACGCUCAUUUUACGAUUGAUCUUGGUGUUUAUUUUUAUCCAAAUACUUAUACCCUUCGCCAUGCUCGUGGUUAUGGACGAUCUGCCCUUCGCAAUUGGCUUUUGCAGGGUUCUAAUAACGGUCGAAUAUGGGAUGUACUCGUGGUACAUGAAAACGAUACCUCUUUGAAUUAUCCAGGUUCCACAGCAACAUGGCCAAUUGUUUGUUCAGAGGGGAAAGAUCCUUAUCGAUAUAUCCGCAUUGCACAAAAUGGCAAGAAUGCUAGUAAUCAGAAUCAUUAUUUGUCGCUAUCGGGUUUUGAAAUAUAUGGUGAUGUUGUUGAUGUCGUGAUAGAUGAUUUUAAAAUGCUGGAUGAAAAACCAAGCAUGAACAGCAAGCGAUCCAAGAAAUGUAUCGCUAAUACUAAGGAAGUAUCAGCGAAAGAGAGCUUUCUCAAUAAAGGACUGCUCGUUUCAACAAAUACCGACGUGCGUUUGGCGGCCUUACUUAGUGAUUCCAGAGUUGCACAUUUACCUGGAGGCCAAACUAACAACAAAGUUGUAAGUGGUAUUAUUGGAUCUGACUCGAUGUUCAGCGCGACAAAUGCGAUGAAGAACAGGACAUUUCGCUAUCGGCGUGGUUCGCGUUUACUGGCAGCAAAUAUGGCCGGACGUGGGGUGCGUAUAGCUAACGUACCUGAUGCAAUGGCGUGUCCGGUGGGCAGCCGUGUAGUUCGAGGCCCGGAUUGGAAAUGGGAUGAUCAAGGGAGUAAUAUGGAAGGCACGGUCAUAUCCCUCAUUGAUAAUGGUUGGGUUGAUGUUCAGUGGGAUGAUUGUACAUCAAAUUCUUAUCGCUUUGGCGCGGACGGAAAAUAUGACAUUGAACUGAAAUCUUUUGAAUGGACACCGAGUUUACGUCGAGGCUUCCGAGUUGGUGCACGACGGGAGAGCCAUGCUGCAGCAACAUUGUCUUCCACUGGUACUGGUCAAGUCCCUCCUGGAUUCGUAAGGCAGCUUCCUCCAGUUCCUCGGGGAUUUGUAGAUUAUAGUCCCACAGAAACAUUACGAAAAGUAAAGCCUGGCGGUGCGCCUUUUUCUCGAUAUUAUCAAAGUGUCAGUUCACGUAACAGUGCCGGAAUAGGUGGUUUUGAUCGGAACAUAUCCGACUCUUGUCUUCAAUGUGGUUCACAAGAACACCGUACAAAAGAUUGCGCUAAUGUUUUGGUCUGUUCAAAUUCACAGAAAUCAGAAAUCAAUGCAGAAGAAGGGGAAAGCAGUCCUGAUACUAAGAUUAUCACUACAAAUCAGCUAUCUUCAACAAUUGCACAAAAAUCGAUGUCAACAACAAAUUUGUUUGAUGGAUCUGAGGCAACGAAGCGAGCAUCGGUAGCAUCAACAAAUCAGGCGGCGAGUGCCGAAUCUUUACAGCAUCAGACACCAUCUUUAGAAAAUUUAUUGGCACGUUCAAAAAUAUUCGAUGACCAUAUUCCAGAAGUUGUCUCGGAUGAUAUACCUGCAAUUGAGAGUCAGCUUACAACUGGCUCUUUAACAGCUGUCGAUACUGAUCAAGAAAGCGUUUCUACAAAUAAUUAUGCUGGCUUGGAUACCAGCAUUGAAAGUUUUGAUGGUGCAGUCGCAAUUGUAGAACAGACACAUGAUGUUAAUGUUUCUCUGAAAACGAGCACAUGCUCUGGUGGUUCUCAGCCUGUGUUACUUGAUCAAGAUCAUGACACCUUUGGAGAAAUGCAAAUAAUCAAGCAACGUGAUACAUAUUCAUAUCCUCAAGAUUCGAUUAAAUCCACUGUACAAAAUGAUAUAGCUCUGGUAGGCAAAAGUAAUACAACGUCGUUGGAGGAGGCGAAUGCUCGAAAUUUAGCCAAUUUGAGUGUUAGCGUUCCAAAUUUGGUUGUUUUGCGACAACUUCAACAGUCGGGAGCGAUGUCAAACACUGAGCAAAUAUUCGUGCCCGGUGGUGAUGAUCUGGUGAGGAAUAUUCUGCAAGAUUUGGCCAACGAUCCGUCGCGGCUUCGUAGUUUACGUCGAUUUGCGUUUGCAGGAAGCGGUUUAGCUCUGAUAAAUGAUGGUGAUAAUGCAAUACGUGACUCUACUCAGCGAUAUUUAAUCGAUGAAGGGAAUGGACGAAUAACGGACGAAUCGUUUGCAGCACUGACUCAUGAAGUUAUUCGCAAAAACGCUGAUAUAAAUAGUGAAGCCAGUGAUCGCAUCGACACUAUCACAUCAAUUGCUGGGAUGCAAGAAAAUACAUUUCCCUUGGAGCCUGUGAAAAUCUCAUUGGUGCCUAUGAUGUUGCAGUCAUUUAAUGCCGAACGGAGAAUCAUAACUGAAGAAAAUAAUCUUCAUGAAGCAGCGGCAGAUGAAGUAUCGAGUGCUGGUAGCACAGUUUUUUAUUCAGCUGAUCGCAGAGCAUCUUUAAAUUCCUGUUCGAGAAGGCAGUUUUCAGAAGAAGAUAUUUCCGAUAGAGUUGAUGCAUCGGUGGAAGCAAUUGGAUCAAAUCAAUCAGGUGGUCCCCAAAGGGCACCUGGUAAACCUUCGUUUGGAACGGGUUACCGGCCAGCUUCUGGGACACAGUCUGCUGCUUGCUCACGACGUAGUAUGCAAAGCAGUGGAGGCAGUUUUCGUUCUCGUUUAGGUAGUUACGCAGAUGUUUUACGCACUGUUGUCAUGCAGCAAAUCCUUGAUUCUAGUGGUUCAUUGAAUGGUCUCGAGUUAGAAGAAAUUGAGGAUGACAUAUAUGACGAGGAAAUGCAAGAUGAAGGUAAUGAAGAUGAUUGUGAUGAGGAGUAUGCGAAUGGUUUAUCUGUGGAGGCACUCGCACAAGCAGCAGCUGCUCUUCGUAGGCAGUCUAAUGGAGGAAGUAUUGGAUCCAGUGGAGAGUUAAAGCUUAACUGGAAGCAGAUUGUAAUGGGGGAGGCUGGGAGAUUGAUAAGUGAUCGAGGUUUACGAGUAUCAACUUCUCCAAAUGAGAGCAAACAGAGCAGAGGAGGUCUCAGUCGGAAUUGGGAUGAUGAGUUUGUUCUGAAGCACCAACUCCCCGCUUUAAUUCCUGCUUUCGAUCCUCGUCCAGGCAGAACAAAUGUCAAUCAGACCCAGGAUGUCGAACUACCACAAGAUAUCACUGAGUCUCAGGGCGAAGCAAUGUUUCCUUCUGCUUGUUCAACGCUACAUUCGGAAGAGAAAGAACCAGAGUUGCGUCUAUAUCUUCAAGGGCCUAAUUUAACGAACAUCAAUAAUGUUACCGUCGAAUUGGAUGAUAAUGAUAGAUCCAUAUUUUUCUACCUCCAUCAGCUUGUUCAAAGCGUUGAUUGGGGACAGAAAAAUGAAAGAACACGGCGUGUUUGGGAACCAACAUAUACACUAGUUUAUGGAGAUGCAUGUGAUAAUAAUGAACUUCCCCAAACCGUUAAUAAAAAAAUUGCAGAAAUGAAUAGUAUUCCAGAAAAUGUUGCUCACACAUUAGAAGUUCUUUCAAACCUCUAUCAAAUUGGCGUAAGUGUAAUGGAAUAUGAAAUGAUGACAGAUAUUUUUGUUAGUGAAAAAUUGACUCAAAAGCUGAUGCAAGAACUGGCAGAUCCGUUGAUUGUUUCUGCAAGAGCUUUGCCGCCGUGGUGUGAUGAACUCGUUUUCAAAUAUCCAUGUUUAUUUAAUGUUGAAACAAGGAAUAAUUACUUUCGAGCUACUGCAUUUGGCACUUCGCGUUCGAUUGUAUGGCUACAAACUCGUCACGACCAGAUGCUUGAACAGUCUCGUGGUGCGACAAGUGCUAUAGCAGUAUCGAAUCUUGCUGGAACUCGUAGAGAUGAUAAUUAUCCGGAGUUCCGCAUAGGUCGAAUUAAACAUGAACGCAUUAAGGUGCCUCGUAAUGAUGAGCAAUUAUUCGAAUAUGCUGUUCGAUUACUGGAGUUUCAUGCCUCUAGGAAAGCCGUGCUGGAAGUUGAGUAUAUUGAUGAAGAAGGAACUGGUUUGGGACCUACAUUGGAGUUUUAUGCUUUGAUGGCUGCUGAAUUUCAACGUAAAGAUUUGGCAAUGUGGAUUUGUGAUGAUACGGAUACUGAUCGCACAGAAGAGCUAGAUCUUGGCGAGGGUAUGAAACCAUCGGGAUAUUAUGUUCGUCGCGCUGGAGGACUUUUUCCGGCUUCGUUACCAGUGCCAUCUGCAGAAAAUUCACGUGUUUCUAAAUUAUUUCGAAUUUUCGGUAUUUUUCUAGCCAAAGUACUGCAGGAUGGUCGUCUGGUAGAUUUACCGCUCUCGCAACCGUUUUUAAAAAUGAUUACUAAUUCACAGUUAACUGAAGAAGAGACACUUAAUCUAAAUGGUGUGCUUACUUUGGAUGAUUUGGAAGAAGUAUUCCCAGUCAAAGGUCGUAUAUUAAAAGAGCUAGCUGCAUAUGUAGCGCAGAAACGUUCUAUUGAAGCUGAUCACAGAUUUGAUUUAAACACUCGACGGCGACAAAUCCAGCAACUUAAAUUAAAUAUUAAUGGUUCAGAAUGUACAGUUGAGGACUUAUCACUAACUUUUUGUGUAAAUCCAUCGUCAACCGUAUUCAAUUAUAAGCAAAUGGAACUAAUUGAAAAUGGUGCAAAUAUCGAUGUCACUGCUAAUAACGUUGAACUUUAUAUUGCUGCAUGCACAAAUUUCUAUCUAAAUUCUGGUAUUCUUAAUCAGUUUAAAGCAUUCCGAGCUGGUUUUGAUCUUGUUUUUCCUUUGCGAAAUUUAAGGAUGUUUGUUCCAAGAGAAUUACAGACUUUGCUAUCUGGUGAUCAAUGUCCAGAAUGGACUCGUGAAGAUAUUAUCAAUUUCACGGAGCCAAAACUGGGCUAUACGAAGGAAUCACCUGGCUUCUUACGUUUUGUUGAUGUUCUAGUAGGAAUGAAUGCUAGUGAACGCAAAUCCUUUUUGCAGUUCACAACAGGCUGUUCUUCAUUACCACCAGGUGGUUUGGCAAAUUUGCAUCCACGUUUGACAAUUGUCCGAAAAGUUGAUAGCGGAGAUGGUAGUUACCCAUCCGUGAAUACUUGUGUUCACUACUUAAAAUUGCCAGAUUACAGUUCUGCGGAGAUUAUGCGUGAGCGUCUUCUGACAGCAACUAAUGAGAAAGGUUUUCAUCUAAACUGA